CUGAUUCGUAGACCAACAUUCAAGAACAUUUAAGAACGGACAAUGGUGCAUGGUAGCGUGGCUGUAUACAAAACAAUAUCUUUGACAAAACAACAUAAACUAAUAAUCGCAGGUCUGGAAUAAAAAUAAAUAUUUUUCGAGGAGCACGAGACUAUCACGCGGUCGAAGGGUGCAGAUAAGGUGCUGCUUGCAGAAAACGAGUGUGUCAGCACUAUUCCGAUUAAUUACAGUUCACUGCGGAGAAAGUUACCAUUUUGUGUAGGAUCUUGGCUGGAACCGGUCCGAAGUUUGAAUUGCUGUCACAUAUAGACGCCAAAGAUUGGCUCACCAGUACUCAUCAGUUACAUUUUUUGAUUGAAAGCCGGUAUAACAUUCUUUAAACCGUACUAAAGAUGGACAAGGAUACUAAAACAGUGCAAAACUCCGCAAAAUCAAAAAUGAACUUGAUCAAAUCUUCACAGAGUCAUACAGAUGGAUAUUCUUGCAAACCUAAAAAGGAAGAAAGCAUCGCCCUCCAUAAAGAAGUCAUUUUAGAGAAGAAAAAUGAAAUCAGCGAGACCAAGUCUAUGGUUACAAAGUGUCGAGAAAUCAAUACCGACAAGAAGGAUGAUCAUCAUAGUCAAAAUAAAAAUUUCGUAACUGAAGAACCGUCUACAAAUGCGAAUGAUGAAUUUGAAAAGAUUUCUAUCUUCGAAAGUAGCAGUCAUACAGGUGGAUCUUCUUGCAAACCUAAAAAGGAAGGAGGCUUCGUUCCCCGUAAAGAAGUCGUUUUACCGAAGAAUAAUGAAAUCAGUGAGACCAAGUCGAUGAUUACAAAAUGUCAAGAAAUCAAUAACGAAAAGAUGGAUGAUCAUGAUAGUCAAAAUAAAAAUACUGUCAUUGAAGAACCAUCCACAAAUGCGAACGAUGACUCUGAAAAGAUUCCUGUCUUCGAAAGUAAGAAACUCAAAGGUCCUUCGAAUGUAGCUGUGCCUCGAACAUACCCACCCAUACCUGCACCAUCUUUAGAAGGUCGUCCAUUGGUCUUGGCUGUUCAUCUCGUCCCCUCUUUGCCAAUUAGUCUGUUCGAAAUUUUAGCAGAAGCUAUUGAAGUUGCUACUGCUAAACCUGUGGUGCUGAUACAUGAGUCUCGUAUAGAUAGACCAGUCGCCAAAGAAGUUGCUGACAUUGCAAUACUGCCACCAAGUGACGACUGGAAUGAAGGAGUACUUUUACCUGCAAGUUUCGUUUUCGAACAUCGUUUGAAUAAAGAGUUCCUUCCUCACAUUUAUGGAGAUGUUGUCAUAGCGUCUGAUCGACUCUCUUACGUUGAGACUAUCACGGAUUUACGAGGUCACCGAUGUGCUUUGCCAGAUAGACGUAAUCAAAUAGGAACUGCCGGAUUGUUGUUCACUCAUCUGAAAUCGAAAGGAGAAGGACCUGCAUUCUUCGGAAACAUUCUUGAUGUAAACUCCCAACUAGCAGCACUGCAAAUGGUUGCUGGCAAGCAAGUCGAGGUUGCCAUUUUAGAAUCUCCAGUUCUGAAGUACCAUAGAAAUUCCCUACCAGGUGUGGAAUCGCUGCACAUUCUUACUAGCCUUGGUCCACUGCCCCCAUAUCGCAUUAUGGUUCAUAAAGAGAUGCCAGCAUCUCUCGUGAAUAAAAUUACAACCUAUUUAUUAAACGUAAAUCAUGAUACAGAAUGGAUGGAGAAAUUUUCACCUUACAGUGUUUUGGGAUUUUCAGAAAACACAAAAUCUUACUACAAUCUCGAUGAAAUAAAAUCUGUUGUUACCAGCGUUCGAUACUAUUGAAAAUAAAUUGAUUUUUCGGAGAAUUCAAGAA